UGAAAACCCCCAUCUCCCCUUAUUACCUUACAUAUUUGGAUUGAAUCCAGAUGUUUCUUUCCAUUUUUGGAGUAAACAACAGACCUAUAUAAACCUAUGUUCGAUGCAAAAUAGACAGAGUUGUUCAUUUGGCAGGAUGCUCUCCAAGCUCCCGGGGCCUGAAAUGAUGCUUUACAUUUUUGUAAUAAACCUUUAAAUACAAUCAAGACGGUGUCAGCGGACUUCUCUUCAACACAUCUUCACAUCAUUGCUACUCAAUAUACAACAAGAAUUUGGCGUCACGAACUCUGGACGUGCUGUGACCUGCUGCCUCGCUGACGACUUCAACGUACUGACUCCCGCAUCAAAAGCCGGCAAAUAGGAUGUUGCCUCUCUGAGCACCUUAUCGGGACCCAUUUACCUUUGCGGCUGUCUGCAGCGCACAGCUCGCCACACAGUCACCCUGGCCUGGAGGGGAACAGUGGAGGCAGAUCAUUCUGCUGAUCCCAGCACCUUUGGUUAUUAAGAGAAGCACCGCCACCUCCUUGAUCGGUUCCCUCCUCCCUUUUUGCCAAUCGCCAUCCCACGACAGCCUACCCGGAGGAAAGGAGUCGGGGAGGGGGAAAGCGAGGACACACCCGCACACAUACUGUACCCGGUGUACACGGUGAGGAUGCUGCAGACAACAUGAGGUGAAUAUCAUCGGCUGCCCUAAAUUGGAAAUUCCUUUUUCCCCCCCCACCCCGCUCUGAAGACUGAAGACCUGAUUGUCGCAGCCGGUUAUUCACCUUCCGUGGUACCAGAAGUCCAGCAGGAGCAUCAACUCACAUCAGAUAUGAAAAAUAUGUCUGGAGUCAGAUCCUAGGUGACAUCCUGUGGCCGUCAGGUCUUUACGGUGUUGAGCCCCCUCCUUCUCCUGGCCCCUGCCUGCAGUUCUCCAGGCUGCAGGACCCAGACUCACUGAAAAGUGCAGGCCUCCUCCCCCUGCAGAAUGACUGUUGCCACAGGCGACCCCUCUGACGAAGCGGCUGCACACCCGGGGAACCCACAGGACUACGACCCGGAGGCCGACCAUGAGUGUUGUGAGAGGGUGGUCAUCAACAUCUCAGGGCUUCGCUUUGAGACUCAACUCAAAACCCUCUCCCAGUUCCCAGAGACACUGCUGGGGGACCCCAAAAAGCGGAUGCGGUACUUUGACCCGCUGAGGAACGAGUACUUUUUCGACAGGAACAGACCCAGCUUUGACGCCAUAUUGUAUUAUUACCAAUCAGGGGGGCGGCUAAGAAGGCCGGUCAACGUCACCCUUGAUAUUUUCUCAGAGGAGAUUCGCUUCUAUGAGCUGGGAGACGAAGCCAUUGAGAUUUUCAGAGAGGAUGAGGGUUUCAUCAAGGAGGAGGAGCGGCCUCUCCCUGAUAACGAGUUUCAGAGACAGGUGUGGCUGCUGUUUGAGUACCCUGAGAGCUCAGGUCCUGCUAGGAUUAUUGCCAUAAUCUCUGUCAUGGUCAUCCUGAUAUCUAUAGUCAGUUUCUGUCUGGAGACCCUCCCCAUUUUCCGCAAUGAUGAAGACGAUAUACAGGUGAAAGUUUUUUCACCUGAGACCAACACCACAACCAUCAGCUAUUCAUCCACCUACUUCACUGACCCCUUCUUUAUCCUGGAGACUCUCUGCAUUAUAUGGUUCUCCUUUGAGUUUCUAGUGCGCUUCUUUGCCUGCCCCAGCAAAGCAGGCUUUUUUGGUAAUAUAAUGAACAUUAUUGAUAUUGUUGCUAUCAUCCCUUACUUCAUCACUCUUGGCACAGAGCUAGCAGAAAGGCCAGAUGAUGGUCAAGCGGGUCAGCAAGCCAUGUCUUUAGCCAUUCUCAGGGUCAUCCGCUUAGUACGAGUCUUCAGAAUCUUCAAGCUCUCACGUCACUCCAAGGGGCUUCAAAUUUUGGGUCAGACCCUGAAAGCCAGCAUGAGAGAGCUCGGCCUGCUCAUUUUCUUCCUCUUCAUAGGGGUCAUCCUUUUCUCAAGCGCCGUCUACUUUGCUGAAGCAGACGAGCCCGAGUCGCAGUUCGAAAGCAUCCCCGAUGCAUUUUGGUGGGCUGUGGUGUCCAUGACAACAGUCGGUUAUGGUGAUAUGGUCCCAACUACGAUUGGCGGAAAGAUCGUGGGCUCCCUCUGUGCCAUUGCAGGUGUGCUGACCAUUGCCUUGCCCGUGCCUGUCAUUGUGUCCAACUUCAACUACUUCUAUCACCGUGAGACUGAAGGUGAAGAACAGGCGCAGUACCUGCAGGUCAACGUGCCCAAAGCCGAUUCAGCCGAGGAGCUGAAGAAGAGCCGGAGCGGCUCCACCAUCAGUAAAUCAGACUAUAUGGAGAUCCAGGAGGCUGUGAACAACAGCAACGAGGACUUUCAGGAGGAGAACCUUAAGACGGCCAACUGCACACUGGCCAACACAAACUAUGUAAACAUCACCAAAAUGCUCACAGACGUGUAGUCAUCUGCUAUUUCCCUCCCUGUCACAACGGGAAAUGUGAAGCUGAGCAACUGGACAGGACAGGUGUGCAGCCUCCCACCUCACUUGUGCUGGAAAAAUCAAGGCAAUAGAAUUCAGGAUGCUGAUGAUGAUAGACAGUGAAAAAAAAAUAUUACAAAGACCAUCCGCUCACUCCGCGCUCAUCCUGUCUUCACUCCUCACAACUUGCCCUUAAAACUCCUGAUAACCGUCAAACAGAGUGAAAUUUCAAAUUUUGCAUUUCUGCAUGGAGUUGGCUUUGUGUGGCUGUUUUGAAAAAACAAAAACAAAAAAAACUAAAGAUUCCCUGCUCACAACAGUAGCCAACGGUAGUGCACAAAAAGAAAAGAAAAAAGGGAGAAACACAGCAAGAAAAAAAAUGAUUUAUUGCUUUCUAAAAGAAAAAAAGCAACAUAACACAAGCCCUGCUUUAGUCCCCCUUCCCUGUGGUCCCUCAUUUCCCAAGGCACACUGCUUUGCCAUGCGCUGUCUGAAGAGCCCUAGUUGUGCGCUACAUAUGCUGCUUCCUGGAGCCAAUGAAACAAAACUGUCUUAUGCUUCACCAUUUAAAAAUAAGAGGAUGUGUGAGCAUAAAGCAAGCCCACUCCUGCGCUGAUAUGGUCUGUGGGUGACUUGUGACGAGGUUGGUGGUUAAGUAGACCACGUUAUUUCAAGGAUGAAUGACAGCCAUCAGUGCUAAGCUAAUGGUUCGACACCUUUUUUUUCCCAGCAGGCAUCAGUAUCUGAUGAAUGGCUGAGAAUGGCCUUGACUUUUCACUGCUUUGGUCUUACAUGUACUGUAUGUAUUGCAAUGCAAGCUUUCCCCCUUUCAUUCACCCAAAACUGGUCUUACUGCAGAGCUUUGAGGACAACUUGAAUGUUUCUUCUUGUUUUGUUUGUUUUUCACAGUUUCUCACACACACAUACACACAUACACACACAGACACACACGCACACACAGUACUUCUUCACAUAGGUAGUUAGGUUAACUGUGACUUAACUGAUAGCCGGUAGGUAGGCAGGUGCUGUUAGUAGUAAACAUAGUCAGUAGAUUAUUGCAUGACAUUUUUAUCUGAAUGAGAAUUUCCACUUGUUUCUCGACUGCCACUUGCUUCAUCACACCACUGUAUAUUUGUCUGUACACUGCCUUCUAUACAAAUCCACACUUUUAAAAGGAUGCCUGCAGGUAGCUGUUACAAGAACCUAAAGCUGUAUGUUAGAGGAUUUCUUAAGGAAUAAUCAUAAGGUCAAAUCCUACACUUGAUGCUGUGUCCUUGUCAAUAUUAACAUUCCAUGUAGAAGUCAUUGCCGUUAAACUUUUGCCAGGUCGCUGUAAACGCACCGCAGUUGAGCUGUGAUUUCAGGCGUAAACUCACACUCUAGUUUUGGACAUUAAUCCCAGUUGCAGAUGUGAUAGACUUGCAGUGCUGACUUUUUCACAGGUUUAUCAAAUGAUCACGUCCUCAUGAUCAAAAUAGCAUCUUUUAGGGACUCGUGUAUGGAAUAACGCUUCCCCCGAACUGCCUUUUAUCUGGGUUUACGCUAUUCUCCUAGUCUUGCAUGACCUCAAAAACAUUCCUAGAAGCAUGCAUUUAAGCUUAAAGAAGAUGCCUCUGAGACUAAAAAAAGUAUAAUUAUUACAAUAGAUAUAUUUAUUUCUUAUAUAUAUAUAAUAUGUAUACAAACAGUACACAUAUACAGUACACAUAUACUUUUAUCAGAAAAUUUAAAAAAUUUAAAUAGAGAGAAGAGAAAGCAAAAGCCUUUCCACAAUGCGCAGAUCAUCAUGUUUUUAUUUUUAAUGACAAUAAUAAUUGUUCUGAGCACUGUUUCUGUGUUCUCCUCUUUCAGAGCCUAUUCAGAGUGCCAAAGACACACUCUUACUAGCCCUUUCAAAACCAUUGUCUUUACUGGUGAGUUUUCUAGCAAACCUCACGUCCUGAAUUUAAACACAAAAAGUUUGCUUCACUCAGUUCAAAACUGCCUUCUGUGAAGUAGUUGUUGAAAGGCAGGGCAUUGUUCAAAACUGUAUCAUCCCUAAACAGAAUCUUGUAAAAGAAAAGAUUUUUAUUGGCGUUAAAUUGUUCAGAAUUUAAAUGGAGUCUGGCUGUCCUUUGAGAAGUAUUUGAUGCCAGAAGCUCAAUCUGUCUUUAAAAGUUGCCAUCAAAUGUGAAUUAGGUUCUGAUUCUAGGAUUGUGUCCAGCUGAGAUUUUCACCGUUCGCUCAACACUGCCAAGGUAACGGUCAAAGGCAGUAAUGUCAAUAUGGGAAGUAAUAAUUAGCAGCAGUGUAGCAGAUAUUGGCUAACCUAGGGGUCCUCUGACUUCACUCCUGAGUCUCUUGCCUUUCUUCAUCUUUUCACAGAUGUCUUAGGUAAUUAAAAAGGUGAUGGGAUAGGAAAAGGUCUUGUAGCAAGAACUGUCUAAAUGAAUGCCAGGAUGUACAUCUUUAUUCUUAGGGUUUCAUUCUGCUCACUACAGUCUGCAGUAGCAAAAUGUUUUUACGCCAUUGCUGCCAAUAUGUGCUCAGGAUGUCUCAUCCAACUGCCUGACAUGGGGCUUCUGAAGUCGUCUGUCUGUCCAGAUCUGUGUCUGCUUCAAUGUAUCUUGAAAGGAUUUUUAGUAGAGUUUUAGUAAAUAAACUGGAGCUGUUAUUUUUGUUGCUUUUCCAAGAGUAGCAUAAAGGUGAAUUGAGACAGAGAGAUCUCGAGGUAGGACCAGAUUAAAUAGUUGUUUAGCAAUAUUCCCAUAAUCCUUUGGUGUAGGGGUCUUUGUGGAGGAUAUAGAUGUUUGACCUUUAUGGACCUCCACAAUCCAACCAAGAUCUUAUUGAUCAUCAGUUGAGUAUUGAUGUGAGUGCUUCGAUGCACAGCUAUGUAGGAUUUGUUUGUGCACGAGUGUGUGUGUAUGUGUGUAUGAGAGAGAGAAAGAGAAAGAACCACUGAAUGUCAGUGUCUUUGCCUGGUUGUACAGCUGCAUUUAUGCAACAGCCAUUUGCAUAUCUGUAUAUGUGAAAAAAAAAAAAAAAACACUCACAGUCUGACCAAAAAUAUUUGUCUAUGCAUGCAAAUGCAUUGUAUCUUAUUGUCUUCAUUACAUUUUUUGGAUGGAUAUUUAUGAUAAAUGUUGCAGGUACUUGCAACAUUUAUCUGUUAUGUUUGUAAUUGGGCACAUUACUGUACCUCAGCCAAAUUCACUGUAGCGACUCAUAUACUGGAGUUCACAAUGUGACAGUUAUUUCUGCUUAAAGCACAAAGACGAGUAGAAUCAUCCUCAUCUGUAUACCUGCAGAUUUAAUCUGUAAAAUGUUUUUAUUCAGUGGAAACAAAGUCAAUCGAAAUGAUCUUGUAUUGCUUUAUAGGGAGCACCACAGCCUCUAAAAAUAUCAUCUCUCACCUGCUGAGGGACCCACCAGCAAAUCCACUCAAUGAGAAGGGUGCCCAACAGUGAACUUACACUGAGAAAUCUAUGCAGAGAAUGAUUAUAAGCUGGUAGUUGAGAAGGUUUAAGUACAAAUUUUUUGUGUUUUAUCAGACACCAAUUACAUGUUGAUUCUGAGCUGGCAAUGCAUUUGAAACGAACCUCUAAGCUGAAGAGACACACUUUGCAAUAUUCUGCUGCUAUACGUCAAACACUCACACGUUAGCUGAAUGUGAAUAUGAGCUUUCUGAGCUUUGGGAUUGUUUGAACUGCGGUUUCAGCUCUUUGAGACAAGGCUCCUAAAAUAAAAAAAAACCUCAUACAUACGGGAAACAAGAUGAUCAAUAUGCAAUCUGUAUGCAUGUGUGUGUUUGAGAGCAAACGUUUUCUUUUCGUUUGACCCCAGAGCCUGAUAGUGUGGCAUCCACUGAAACAAUAUGUACAGUUGUUCACCCCCAUCCUCCCCGUAUCAUAGAGGCCUGAAAGCAUCCAUCAAUGUUGAUACAGUGGAUAAUGGAUUUUCUUUCUAUGAAAUGAAAUGUGACAGAAUAAUGUAAAUAAUAACCAAUAGAUGAUGGAGCAAAAAACCAUGUACUAUAUACUGUAUGUGAAGUCUGGAUUUAAAACGUAGUAUUAUCUGCACUUUACGAGACAAAAAGGACAAUCUAUGGACAAGAAAAACAUGAAAUUAAAAAUGCAUAUAAUCCUUCCAAAUGAUCAUAACUCUGACAAAGUAAUAUCAAUAAUGAAGCCAAUAAUAAUUCAAGUGAAA